AACGGGAGUAGCUGCCCGGGCGCCGAAGGUUGCGGAGCUCCAACUCGGACCCUGAAGUCCGCAGCCCCGGGAUGGGCCCGCGGCCGCGAGGGAUCUUCUCUGGAUCAGGCAAUGGUGGUGAAAAAUGUUUCGCAAAGGCAAAAAACGACACAGUAGUAGCAGUUCCCAAAGUAGUGAAAUCAGUACUAAGAGCAAGUCUGUAGAUUCUAGCCUUGGGGGUCUUUCACGAUCCAGCACUGUGGCCAGCCUCGACACAGAUUCCACCAAAAGCUCAGGACAAAGCAACAGUAAUUCAGAUACCUGUGCAGAAUUUCGAAUAAAAUAUGUUGGUGCCAUUGAGAAACUGAAACUCUCUGAGGGAAAAGGUCUUGAAGGACCCUUGGACCUGAUAAAUUAUAUAGAUGUUGCUCAGCAAGAUGGAAAGUUGCCUUUUGUUCCUCCGGAGGAAGAGUUUAUUAUGGGAGUUUCCAAGUAUGGCAUAAAAGUAUCAACUUCAGAUCAAUAUGAUGUUUUGCACAGGCAUGCUCUCUACUUAAUAAUCCGGAUGGUGUGUUACGAUGACGGUCUAGGGGCAGGAAAAAGCUUACUGGCUCUGAAGACCACAGAUGCAAGCAAUGAAGAAUACAGCCUGUGGGUUUAUCAGUGCAACAGCCUGGAACAAGCACAAGCCAUUUGCAAGGUUUUAUCCACUGCUUUUGACUCUGUAUUAACAUCUGAGAAACCUUGAAUCCUGCCAUCAAGUAGAAGUCAACUUCAUCUGAAAGUUCAGUUGUUUUCAAUCUGCAAUACUGAACUGUUACGGAAAUAAUGAAGUCAUCCCUUGCUCUGGAUUUUCUGAAGAAAAUGCAUUGUGUGAAAUGCUGAUCAUUUGUUUAUUAAAAUGUGUCACAUUACACAGUGAAAAAAAAAA